AUGGGCGGGACCGACAAGACCUUUGCCGAUGUCCACGGAACUCCCCUGAUUGCCCAUACGCUGCGGCGCAUAGCGGCGUCGGACGCGGUGGACCGCAUAGUGCUGGUGGUUGCCGCCGACGCGGUGCCCGACGGCGAAGCGGUAGUGCGGGAGUUGGACAUUGCCAAAAUCGUGGCAGUGUGCGCCGGAGGCGCCCGCCGCCAGGAUUCGGUGUUCGCCGGGCUGUUGGCCAUGGGCGAGCGGCGCUGGGUGGCCGUUCACGACGGGGCGCGCCCGUGCGUCUCCGGAGAUGUCCUGGAGCGUGCGCUCGCUGAGGUUCGGGGAACGGGCGCGGCGAUAGCGGCGGUGCCGGUGAAGGAUACGAUCAAGGUGGUGGGCGAGGAACGGGUGAUUUCGGAUACGCCGGACCGCGCCACCCUGUGGGCAGCGCAAACUCCGCAGGUUUUCGACUACCAAAUACUGCUGGAUGCCCAUCGCGCCGCCGGGGUCGAAUACACGGACGACGCGGCGAUGGUUGAAGCAGCGGGCCACCGGGUGACGGUUUUUUGGGGUGAUUACCAUAACCUGAAGGUCACCACGCCGGAGGAUCUGGAUAUGGUCAGUCUGCUAUUGGCGAGGCCAGCGGUGGAGUAUCGAGUAGGAAACGGAGCCGACGCCCACGCCCUGGCUGCCGGGCGCGCGCUGGUGCUCGGCGGCGUGACCGUCCCACAUCCCGCGGGCCUGGCCGGCCACAGCGACGGCGACGCGCUCAGCCACGCGGUGAUCGACGCCCUGCUGGGAGCUGCCGGUUGCGGCGACAUCGGAACGCACUUUCCACCCGAAGACCCGUCGCUGGCCGGGAUCAGCAGCCUGCUGCUGCUGGAACGCACGGUUGGAGUGCUGGCCGAGGGUGGUUGGUGCAUCGCCAACGUUGAUGCUACAAUGCUGGCGCAACGCCCCCGGUUGUCACCCCAUGUGCCGCUGAUGCGCCGGAACAUCGCCACCGCCCUGUCCGUAGAACAGUCGCAGGUCAGCGUCAAAGCCACCACCACCGAUUACCUGGGAUUUACCGGGCGGGAAGAGGGCAUCGCGGUCGUCGCCGUAGCGUUGCUGUACCGGCCGUGA